AUGGCCAGUGCCGACGGUGGUGCUUAUAGCUACUCUCUUACCGUUUUCUCGCCAAGCGGCAAACUCGUACAGAUCGAGCAUGCUCUUGCUGCAGUCGCUGGAGGUACAACAAGUCUCGGGAUCAAAGCCUCCAAUGGCAUUGUGAUUGCGACCGAGAAGAAAUCAUCCUCCAUCCUUAUUGACGACUCGAUGAUCGACAAAGUCGCGGUCAUUUGCCCUAACAUCGGGAUUGUCUAUUCGGGCAUGGGUCCUGACUUCCGAGUCCUGGUGGCCAAGGCGCGCAAGAGUGCACAAGCCUAUUGGAAAAUGUACGGAGAAUACCCUCCAACAAGGGUAUUGACCCAGGAGGUCGCGAAUGUUAUGCAACAGGCAACUCAAUCAGGUGGUGUUCGUCCCUAUGGCGUUUCACUUCUUGUCGCUGGCUGGGAUAGUUCACGCGGACCGACGCUCUACCAAGUCGAUCCCUCUGGUUCUUUCUGGGCGUGGAAAGCUAGCGCAAUCGGCAAGAAUAUGGUCAACGCAAAGACCUUCCUUGAAAAACGAUACAACGACGAUAUUAGCUUGGAAGACGCUAUUCAUACUGCGUUGUUGACAUUGAAGGAGGGUUUCGAGGGACAAAUGACGGAGAAGACGAUAGAAAUUGGCGUAAUCACCGUACCAACACCGGCGGAGCAGGAGGAGGCCAAGAUUGGAAUCGAAACAGGACGACCAAAGCCUACAUUUCGUAAGCUGACCGAGGAGGAGGUUAGGGAUUAUCUCGCAUUGUAG